AUGGCGUCACUGCUGUCGUACGGAGCCGGCAUCUUAGCCGGCGACAUCGGCGCGAAUCUCGAGGCCACGCUCGGCGUGCCGGGCCCUCUGGCCGGCUGGAGCCACGUCAACCUGCCGGCGGAAGGCGACGACGAGCCUCGUCCCGCGGAGGGGGAUUUUCUUAGCCUUGUCACGCGCGAGGACGAUGGCGUGGACCGCGCUGACGCGGACAUGCUCGACGGAGACGGCGUGUCGCGCAGGCCAGUUCGGCAACUUCUAGGAGUCGAUUCUCCGUCCGGGAGUCCCGGGAGCGCGUCGGUCCAUCUCCCGCAGACCGUCCUCCAGGUCAUUGCCACGUCACUAGAAGCUGACGUGGUCGUCAUGGCGGUUCUAUUGCCUCCGCCAGGCCCCACUGUCGCGGAUAUGGCGCAGGCGGCGGACGAAGCCGCGGCUGCUGCAGGCGCUCCCCCCGCCCCUCCGCCUCUCUUCCCCGGCGCUGCUUUCUCCCCUGUUGUGCCCGCCUUCGGCGCGCAUUCUCUUGGCGCGGAAGCCAGCGCGGACAGGUCCGGGGAGUUUGGCGCAUGCGCCAGUAGCGGAGGGGAUGUUAGUGGGUACGGGGAAAGCGGAGGGUUCUGCAGCCGGGAGGGCAUGGGGAGGCGCAGUGGAGCGGGGUUCCGUGGCGGCGGAAGAGGCGGGGAAGAGGGCGCUGGGAGAUGUGACAGCCGAGACGAGGGAGGCGGAAGGGGAGGGGGGAGGGGGAGCGGGAGGGGGAGCGGGGGCGAAAUGGAGGUGGUGCGGGUGGCGGAGUCGAUCCUAUCGACGCCCAAGGGGGUUGUGCCGGAGAUGGUUCCCUUUUGUAGGCGCAUGAUGAAGGCAUGCAAGCGACACAAGCCCCGUCUUCCCCCCUGCGUUCAUUCCGCCACCCUCUUCCAAUGCCUUCCCAUGCGUGCAUCCCUCCCCCCUCCACCUUCCCAGGUGGUGAGCACGGCGGGGCUGUAUCUGCCAGCGGUCAUCGAGGACGUGCUGGGCUGCCGCCCCCGCCGCUUCAUGGGCCGAUUCGUGCGCCUGCACAGCUACCGGGGUGUGCUGUACGCGCUGUGGAGCAACCCGGCCAAGGUGCCCCCAACAGUGGAGGAGGUGAUGGGGCGGGCGGCGCACACCAUGCCGCUGCUCAUGGCCAACCGCAUCUCCGCGCGCCAGUCAGCGCGCCUGGGGCAGCAGUUUGACGCCAUCCUCAAGCGCAUGCCUCAAGCUGUGGUUUUUGUGGACGACGAGCUGGCUCAGUCUCUGCGCCAGUCAGCCCGGCUGGGGCAGCAGUUUGACGCCAUCCUGAAGCGCAUGCCACAGGCCGUUGUGUUCGUGGACGACGAGCUCGCUCAGGUGGCGGUGAACCCAGCAGCAGCCGACCUGUUGGAUCUGCCGUGCUUCGGGGAGGUGGACCCUAUGAAGACUUUAGAGACGACUUUUGAAGCGCCUCAAAAGACUUUCCUCCACUGCCCCUUCCCUCCUCACUGCCGCCCCUCCCCCGCUCGCCCCAGGUGGUUCAGCAUGGUGGCGGGGGCGGUAGAGACAGAGAUAGAGGAGGAGUGGGAGCUGCGCGACCCGCCCAUGGUGCUGCGCGUGCACUCGUACCCCGUGGCAGCACACACCACCUCCGCGCACGGCCGCCUGUGGCUCUUUGAAGACGUCACUGCCGACCGCCGCGCGAGGCAAGCCAUUGCCGCCGCCAACCGCGCCAAGUCGCAGUUCCUUGCUACCAUGAGCCACGAGCUCAGGACGCCAAUGACUGGCGUGCUGGGCAUGUUGGACCUACUGCGGCUGACGGAGAUGAGUGAGGAGCAGCACGGGGUGCUGAAGCUCAUGCAGGCAUCGGCAGACGGGCUGAUGACGGUGCUGAACAACAUCCUUGACUUCUGCAAGAUGGAGGCGGGCAGACUGCUGCUGGAGUCCAUCGACUUCAGCAUUUCAACCCUGUUGGACCAGGUACCGGCGUUCCUCCCCCACCCGGCUGCGUUCUUCCCCCACCCGGCUGCGUUCCUCCCCCACCCAACUGCGUUCCUCCCCCACCCGGAUGCGUUCCUCCCCCACCCGGCUGCGUUCCUCCCCCACCCAGCUGCGUUCUUCCCCCACCCGACUGCGUUCCUCCCCCACCCAGCUGCGUUCCUUCCCCACCCAACUGCGUUCCUCCCCCACCCAACUGCGUUCCUCCCCCACCCGGCUGCGUUCCUCCCCCACCCAACUGCGUUCCUCCGCCACCCGGCUGCGUUCCUCCCCCGCCCAACUGCGUUCCUCCUCCACCCAACUGCGUUCCUCCCCCACCCGGCUGCGUUCCUCCCCCACCCGGCUGCGUUCCUCUCCCGCCCAGCUGCGUCUCUGGAUGCAGGUGGCGGUGGGUUCUGUACCGGCAGUGCAUCUGGUUGCCCUGAGUCCCCUAAGUCUGGUUGCCCUGAGUCCCCUAAGUCUGGUUGCCCUGAGUCCCCUAAGUCUGGUUGCCCUGAGUCCCCUAAGUCUGGUUGCCCUGAGUCCCCUAAGUCUGGUUGCCCUGAGUCCCCUAAGUCUGGUUGCCCUGAGUCCCCUAAGUCUGGUUGCCCUGAGUCCCCUAAGUCUGGUUGCCCUGAGUCCCCUAAGUCUGGUUGCCCUGAGUCCCCUAAGUCUGGUUGCCCUGAGUCCCCUAAGUCUGGUUGCCCUGAGUCCCCUAAGUCUGGUUGCCCUGAGUCCCCUAAGUCUGGUUGCCCUGAGUCCCCUAAGUCUGGUUGCCCUGAGUCCCCUAAGUCUGGUUGCCCUGAGUCCCCUAAGUCUGGUUGCCCUGAGUCCCCUAAGUCUGGUUGCCCUGAGUCCCCUAAGUCUGGUUGCCCUGAGUCCCCUAAGUCUGGUUGCCCUGAGUCCCCUAAGUCUGGUUGCCCUGAGUCCCCUAAGUCUGGUUGCCCUGAGUCCCCUAAGUCUGGUUGCCCUGAGUCCCCUAAGUCUGGUUGCCCUGAGUCCCCUAAGUCUGGUUGCCCUGAGUCCCCUAAGUCUGGUUGCCCUGAGUCCCCUAAGUCUGGUUGCCCUGAGUCCCCUAAGUCUGGUUGCCCUGAGUCCCCUAAGUCUGGUUGCCCUGAGUCCCCUAAGUCUGGUUGCCCUGAGUCCCCUAAGUCUGGUUGCCCUGAGUCCCCUAAGUCUGGUUGCCCUGAGUCCCCUAAGUCUGGUUGCCCUGAGUCCCCUAAGUCUCGUACCUCACCUGCUCGCACUUCUCUCCCACAUCCCAUCCCAUGCAUGCAGGUGGUGGUGCUGUUCGAGCAGGCGGUGCAGGACAAGGGCAUGCGUCUGCUCAUCCACCCACCGCCCCCCGAUGCUCUCUACGUCUGUGGCGACCCUGUGCGCGUCAAGCAGGUGGUGGCGAAUCUGGUGAGCAACGCAGUCAAGUUUUCCAAGCGCGGAACCAUCACCGUCUCCUGGCGCAUUGUGCCCGACCCCUCUGUGUCAGACCCCUCGGCAUCCGACCCUUCUGCCUCUGGUUACAAUGAUGGUGCGGAGCUGGAAUGCACAGAGAGUGGGGAGGUGGAAGCGGAGACAGGGGGAGAGGGGCAGACGGGGGAGGAGGGAGAGAAGGGGGAGGAGGGGACUCAGGAGUUGGGGCAGGAGGGGACUCAGGGGUUGGGGCAGGAGGGGACUCAGGAGUUGGGGCAGGAGGGGACUCAGGAGUUGGGGCAGGAGGGGACUCAGGAGUUGGGGCAGGAGGGGACUCAGGAGUUGGGGCAGGAGGGGGAAGGCAGGAGCCCGAUGGAGUCGGGCAGUCGCUCGAUACAGUCACACUCACACUCGCUUGCUGCCUCGCUGACUGUUCAUGCAGACGAUAGCACUGCUGCUGCAGACACACCAGAGACUGCGGAGGCAGCAGGGGCAGGAGGGUCAGGAGGGGCAGCAGCGACUGCAGGGGCAGCAGGGGCAGUAGAGGCUGGGGGGAUAGCGGGGCUAACAGGGGCGCUGAUCUCCCCUGGUAGCAGCAGUGGGGUAGAGGGGAAAGGGUCGGCGUCAGCAGCAGGCAGUGUUCUGCCCAGGGGGCCUGCCGCUGCUGCAGCUGCUGCUGCCUGUGCGGGCGCUACAAGUGGGCCGCUGGGCUUAGAAAAUGUUGCUGGCAGUGCGGCUGGAGGGCGGCUGACAGCUGGUCAGGAGACGCACGGGCCUGCAGGCUCGGCGAUGGAAGCAGGCUUGGGGUUGGGUGCAGGUUCGGCGCCGAGCCUGAGUAUGGGGGGGAGCUUGGGGCAGAGCGUCAGAAGUGCGAGUUGGGGCAGUGGGAGCGGGGCAGGAGGGCGGAUGGAGUGGAUGGGUGAGUGUGAUGGGGGGGCAGUGAACGCACGAGCAGGGGGAGGGGGAGGCAUGGGGGGAGGCAUGGGGGGAGGCAUGGGGGGAGAGAGAGCAGGAGUGGGAGAGGGGGACGGUGCAGGAGUGUUUGAAUCGGCUGCUGACGUGGCAAUGCUGCUGGGUGAACCUUUCAUGCCGGUUUCCGGGCCUCUCAGACCCUCCGGGUGCAGCAGCGUGUCUGCUGACGUGGCGGAUAUUGUCGUGCUGGAUGACGGCCCAGGCUCUGACGUGGCAGCUGACGUGGAGAUGCUCCCGCGGCUGCGCGUGGUGUGGCAGGGCGGUCGAGCAGCGGGGGAGGAGGACGUGGGGAGGGUGAGUGUGCGGGCGAGCUCAGAGGCACAGCAGUGGCUGCGCUCUCUGCAGCAGCCGGUGGGCCGCCUGCACGGCUUUGAGGACGUGACUGUAACGGACAGCGUUGUACAGGACGGGUCCGUGCUUGUAGGCACGGGCGUGUGUGAGGGGCUGGGGGGCGCUGGGUUGCUGCGCGGGGGUUCAGGGGACGUGAUUGUGCGGCGAGGGGGUGGGGCGCGAGGGGAGGGGGGCGGGGGGGUGGUGAGGAGGCGCAGUACGGGGCGGGCAGGGGCGGAUGAGGUGGUGGGGCGCAUGGGGAGGAGCGUGCAGCAGCGGGAGCGGGCACUCAGGAGACAUGCUUCCGCUGGUGUGGCAGAGCAGGGGAGACGGGGGCAGAGGGGGGAUGGGGGGAGUGUGGCUUGGGUUCGGGGGAACGAGGGGGGAAAGCAGGAGAGUGAAGGUCAUGAGGGGGGUGAUUCAGGCUGGGGGGAGCAUCGGGAAGGGGAUUCUGCUCGGGGGGGUUACAGUGGGGGUGCUAGUAGCGGGGGAGCAGAGACGGUUGUGACUAUAGGGGAGGUGGUGGCUGCUGUGGGUGAUGGGGGGUGUUCCGGCAGUGCAAGGGGAGACACUGGGGGGAGCAUGGGAGGAAAGGAGGGUGGUGAGAUGGGGUGUGGAGGGGCUGAGGUGGAGGAGGGGAGCGAAGAAGAGGAGGAGGAGAUGGAGGAGGAAGAAGAUAAGAACGAGGAGGAGCAAGUGGGGUUGGCCAAGGAGGGAGAGGAGAAGGAAGGAGAGGGGGAGGGAAAGGGGGAGGUGGGCAAGGAGCGGGAGCGGGUGUGGUACGAGGUGUGUGUGGCGGAUGAGGGGGAGGGCAUGGCGGAGGACGAGGUGCAGCAGGUGCUCUUCAUGGCUCAGGCGGGCGCGCAGAGGGGGGGAGUGGGCGGCACGGGAUUGGGCCUGGCCAUCAGCCACGGGCUGCUGGCGCUGAUGGGCGGACGCCUCUGGAUCAAAUCCCAGCCGUCCAAAGGCACCCAGGCCUUCGCCCUCAUCCCCCUCCUCCCCGCGUCCGCCCCCUUCCCCCCAUCCGCCAAGGGUGGGCCCCCUGCCUCCCCCCUGGGGACAGGCCGGCGCUCCCCCUCGCCUUGCCUGGCCGGAGGGCAGGGGGGUAAGGAGGGUGAGGAGGGGGAUAGGCAAACGCUGUCGACGAAAAUGGAGGUGGAGGGGGCCGAGGGGGGUGGAAGAGAAGGGAAACGGGAAGAGAAAAGGAAGGUGGAGGGGGAGGAGGGGGAGGAAGGCGAGGAGGAGGAAGAGGAAGAGGAGGAGUGCAAGAGCCUGCGGGUGUUGGUAGCGGAGGACAACAAGGUGAAUCAGCUGCUCAUCCGCCGCCUGCUCAAGCACUACGGGCACGACGUCACGGUGGUGGGCAAUGGGCGCCUGGCCGUGGACGCGGUGCAGAAAGAGAGCUUCGACCUCGUGCUCAUGGACUUGCAGAUGCCUGUGCUGGAUGGGCUGAGUGCCACACGCGAGAUCAGAAAGCUGCCAGGAAAGGAGGCGCGCAUACCAGUGUACGCGCUGACGGCGGACGUGUUGGCGCCGGAGAUAGAGGCGGCGGGGAUGGACGGCUUCCUCAGCAAGCCCAUCGCCUGGGACAAGAUGAGCCACGUCGUGCACUCUCUGCUGCACGCUAAAAACGCCAAGCUGAAGCAGCAGAAGCAGGCCGCCGCCGCUGCUGCUUCUGCUUCUGCUGCUGCUGCCGCUGCUUCUGCUGUUGGAAAGGGUGGAGAGGCAGGGCCGCAGACACAGAGCAGGGAGGGAGAGAAGGCAGGAGGUGGAGCAGCGGGCAAGGAGGUGGAUGCAGGGAAACGGGCAGACGAGGGAACAGCAGGAGCAAGAGGUGCAGUGAGUGGCGCGGGUGCGGCUGCAGCAGAAGGAGGGGAUGCGGCGGGUGGAGAGGGGGGAGGGGGAGGCGGCGGCAAGUUGCGGGUGUUGGUGGCGGAGGACAACAGAGUGAACCAGAUGCUCAUCCGCAAGAUGCUGCAGCACUAUGGGCACGAGGUGACACUGGUGCUCAACGGGCGGCUGGCAGUGGAGGCGGUGCAAGCAAAGCCAUUCGACCUUGUUCUCAUGGAUAUUCAGAUGCCCAUCAUGGAUGGCUUGACAGCCACGCGUGAGAUCAGGAAGCUGCCAGGAAAGGAGGCGCGAGUCCCGGUGUACGCGUUGACGGCGGACGUAUUGGCGCCGGAGAUAGAGGCGGCGGGGAUGGACGGCUUCAUCAGCAAGCCCAUCGCCUGGGAUAAGAUGAGCCGCGUCGUGGAAACCCUGCUGCGAGCCAAGGCAGGCCAGUCCUGA